AUGGAGAUGUGGUUCUCUAGCUAUUUUUCUCGGCUUUCUACUGGUUCUCUGUCGACGUUGUUUAGGAAAACUGCGGUGGCUCUACUUGCAUGCGUUAUGGCUUUAGGUGGAGUUACAGUUGGAAUAAUUGCAGGAGCAAUAAAAGGGCAGACGACUGAGACGGGUUUUUUACGCGGGGCUGUUGUUGGUGCUAUGGCAGGGGUCAUUGCAGCACUUCAAUUGAUGGAACUCAUACUUGAUGGAGAGCCAUUUUCCAAGGUGACGUAUUGUUUUGUGGAUUGUAAACCUAUUUCGCAUAUCAUGGCAUAUUCGAUAAGCUCGACUUUGCACGAGUGA